CCUCUGGUCUCUGAGAAACUGCAAAUCACUCUCUUCUCUCCUCUCUCCUCUCUCUAGCUCUACCCUCUGGAAUGGCGUCUCUUCAGCAAACCAUGUUAUCUCUGCAAUCGAAACUUCCACCAUCUUCCUUUCAAAUCGCGAAAUCUCUUCCUAUUCGAAGAACAAACUUACCACUCCGAAUCGGUGGGGGAAACGCGGCGGGAGCGAGAAUGUCAGCUACAGCAGCCGGAAGUUACGCUAUGGCUCUCGCAGAUGUUGCGAAGAGGAACGAUACUCUUGAAUUAACGAGUGCAGACGUAGAAAAGCUAGAGAAGGUAUUCUCAGAUCCACAGGUACUCAAUUUCUUCGCCAAUCCGACCGUCGAGGUCGAGAAGAAGCGUCUCGUGAUCGACGAGAUCGUGAAAUUUUCGUCUCUCCAGAGCCACACCUCGAAUUUCCUCAACAUCUUGGUCGAUGCGAAUCGGAUCAACAUAGUGACGGACAUCGUGAAGGAGUUCGAGAUGGUGUACAACAAGAUAACUGAUACGCAAUUGGCUGAGGUUAGAUCGGUGGUGAAACUGGAGCCGCCGCAACUUGCUCAGAUCGCCAAACAGGUUCAGAAGUUAACCGGAGCGAAGAACAUGAGGGUUAAGACGAUUCUUGAUCCGAGCCUUGUCGCUGGGUUCACGAUUCGGUAUGGCGAUUCCGGGUCGAAGCUUAUUGAUAUGAGUGUGAAGAAGCAGCUUGAGGAUAUCGCUGCUCAGCUAGAACUCGGCGAGAUUCAGUUAGCUGCUUGAAAACAAUUGCAUUGAGAAUCGCUUUUUGUUGUGCAACUUAAUUCUUUGUCUCUUCUUGUUCUUUUUCUCCAUCGAUCAUCAACAUGAUAUGUAUACAGUUAUAAUAGUUAUAAUAAUUUCAGGCUAUUUUCAAUUAA